AUGUCUAAGAUAGGAGUCAUAGAGAAUAAUCACAUGAAACAGGAGACCAGUCAAGAUGAGCAUAUAGAGGAGAUAUCAUAUCUUGCUGGUGCUGACACAGGUGUUGGAUUUAUAUCAAUAAAAGAUUUUGCAUAUGAUAAGUCCAAUCCUUUGCAUUACGGAUAUUUUGAGGAUAAUAGUUAUGAUGAGAAUGAAGAAGGGUACAUGCACAGUGAGGCAGAUGGCAUAAAAGGAGAUGAAGAUCUCGAUGACAGGAGACAAAGUUUUAUAUUACCAGAAACACAUAUUAUAAAUUGCAAAGCUAUCGCAUUGUAUGCCUUUGAACCUGAGAAUGAAAAUGAACUAGAAUUACAAGAAGGUGACAUAAUAUUCAUAAGUUACAAACAUGGGCAAGGUUGGUUAGUAGCAGAAAAUUAUGACAGAACACAUACUGGUCUAGUUCCUGAGGAAUAUAUAUCUUAUCUAGAUGAUGAUGAUGACGAUGGUGAAGAAAUGGAAGACAAGGCCCGCCCAUUCUAUUUAACUCAAUUUAUUACUCAAAGCAUGGAUAUCCAAAAACAAGAUGAUAAUGAAGGAGGAGAGAAUGAAGGAGAGUGGGAAGAUAUAGAUGAAUUAAACAAUGAAGUGCAGAGAACACUGAAAAUUUCUGAAUAA